GAGGCGGUCAUGGCAGCGGUAAUGGUGAUGGCGGCGACUGUGACGGCUGGCGGCGGUAGUAGUAGUGGCGAUGGUGAUUUUGCACGAGUGUUUAUUAUUCCUGUAGUGCGUGUCACGAAACUGAGAACGUUCUCUCUUUGUUUUCGUGAUUGUUUUUUGGCACUCGCGAUCUGUUUAUCGCGGGAAAACGAUGUCGGGAUAUCGUAAAGUAAAUUAUUAUGAAUUAUGUCGACUAUGUACCAGCAGUGAAGGUAGCAAGAUGAAUAUUUUUCGCGAUGAAGGACGUAGACGACAAUUACAGACAAAAAUACAAACGUAUCUACCGAUACAGGUUAUGGAAGAGGACUCAUUACCAAAAAUUGUAUGUCAUGAAUGUGUCAAGAAAUUGGAAAGUUUCAUAGAGUUCCGAGAAACUGUGAUCAAUGCUGAGGGUAUGCUGGAAUCUUAUUUUACUUCACUUCGUUUUUCUGAAGAAUUUUUGAAAGAAGGGAAAGUUUAUGUAAAGAAUACUGAAAAAGAAAGAUCAUCUACACCAGAGGAUGAAGUUUUAAAGUCAAUAGAUAAGGUGCCAACACCAGUAGGAUGCCAAAUAUUAAAUAAUCAACAAUCAGAUCAAAUACAGCAUCAACAACCUGUUGUAGUUAGCAAUAUAAAUACAUCUAAUAUACAAAUUAUCAGUGGAGUUCAAGCUAGAGUACAGCAAUAUAAAUGUGCUAUGCAGAUGCAACCAGGUGGUAUGGCUGCAGCUGUUGUUGAGGCUACAGCAGAGACUCAUUAUAGUUAUCAACAGCAAACCUCUCAAGUAUCAUCACAACAAUCAAAUGAAGCACAAAAUCAAAUCAAUGAUCAGCAAAAUCAAUCUUCUGCGAUUCAUCAACAACAAGCUCAGAACCAAAUAUCGAAUCAAAUAAACCAGCAACUACAAUCCCAAAGAACAAUUCCUCAACAAUUAAAUCAGUCAACACAAUUAUCUCAACAGAAUCAAAGCCAAAUUAGUCAACAAAUACAAGGACAAUCACAGAUAUCACAUCAGCUUCAACAAUUACAAAGACAACGUGAAUUUGAAAAACAGCAUAGACAACUUCAACUUGAAAAACAGCAAGUGCAAAUUAUAACACAACAAGAGUUUUCAGUAAAACAAGAGACACCAGUUGUACAUCAAAAUAAUAAUAUAGUUCUUAAAAGUGAAAACGAUAUGGAACCAAACCAAGUCGAGCAGAAAAUACAAUCUGAAACUCAAAAAGAUAAAUCUCCUAACCGAAGUAUACAAACUUAUACUACAGUACAAACAGCACCAGAAGUAUUUCUAAAUUUGGAUUUCAAAGAAAAUCCAUUGACAGUUCGAGACGAUAAAGAUUUUAAGGAAUUUACAAAAACGUCAUCUGAUGAUGGAAUAUCUCGUAAUUCAAUUGAACAAAUUAGAGAAUUUCUAAGACUUAGAUCAGGAUCAGAACCAACUUCUUUAAUUACUGUAAAUCCUCCAGUACUUUCUCAGGCAAGAACCACUAUUUGUCGCGAUUGUGGUAAAAGUUUUUCUUCAUUGAAUCAGAUGAGUAAUCAUAAUUGUAAUGUAGAGACACUUGUAAAUGGAUCAUCAGAUGUUGGAAGCAAGGAUGAUUCUUUGCAAACUAAUGUUAAUUCUUUCAAUUGUGACAUUUGUAGUAAGCCCUUUAAACGGAAAGAGCAUCUUUUUCAGCAUCGAAAAUUACAUACUGGUGAGCGACCGUAUGUAUGUACGACAUGUUCAAAAGCAUUCAGUCGUAAAGAACAUUUGGUUAGACAUUCGGUAUCUCAUACUGGACAGAAAAUGCAUGAAUGUGAAAUGUGUGGUAAAAGUUUUUCACGUAAGGAUAAUUUACACAAACAUAGAAAAACGCAUGGAGUAUCUGGUCCUUAUAUUUGUGAAACUUGUGGGAAGUCAUUUGUUGUAAAACAUUAUUAUGUGAUGCAUUUGACUACUCAUGCUGUAGCUGUUAUGGAUGGUAUAAAUUGCCCAGAUCCAUUGCCAUAUAAAUGCGAUAUAUGCCAUAAAGCAUUUUCAGUAAAACAAUAUCUUACUACACAUAGACUUAGACAUAGAUCAAAAAAUAAUAACAACUCUACACAAAAUGGUUUAAGUGGGCAUCAAUCGAACGCUACAAAUAAUACAAAUGUAGUGACAAACAAUGUUAGUAAUAUUGGAAAUUUAAAUAAUAAUAAUGGGCAAUCUAGAAAUGACUCGACUGUGGAAAUGCAAAGCGUUAUUGAACGAAAUGAACAAAUUAAUGGAUUUGUUAGCAAUCAGUAUCAUGCUAAUAUACAAGAGCUUCAAUGAGAUAAGGGAAAGCGUGUCUAUUAUGUUCUCUUGCCAAAUGGUAACAAUCAUAAGAUUGUGGUUGUAUAAGCAAGAGAAAUUUUAUGGCGCGCUAAAAUAUUUUCUUAUAUAGUUUUGUUUUCGUACAAAUGCGGUUUUUUGUACUUUAAUAUUAUAGAAAUGAAAAUCAAACAAAGUUAUUCUGAAAUAUUAGAUAUUUUGAUGUAUGUACAUCAAACAAAAAAUAGAUCUGUUGAAUGCUUUAAGCCGGUACGACAAUGUAAAUAUUUUGCUGACAAAACAUUAACUACAUGGAAUGCAGGCUGUAAGUUUUAAAUGAAUGCUCAUUCGUAUUCAUUCAAUGCUAAUUUGCAUUUAAAAGAUGUUACUAAUGUUUGUACACAACCUUUGUCACUAAAGUAAUGAAAAUAAUAAAACGCAAUAUUCACG